AUUCAAGAUAGCAGUUACGAUUCCAUUUUGCAGAAAGUCGCACAAGUGUAAAAUAAAAAAAUAAAAUAAAAUGAAGUUACUUCCAAAUUUACUUGUUUUCGGAUUUAUCCAGAUUUGUUUUGCCGCAUCGUUGGUGAAAAGACAGGCAGAUUCAUUGACUUCUUCAAAUAUUCAUCUACUUCGAAAUGAACUAGUAAAAAUCCCAAAUGCCGAUACAAAGGCUAUUGACAAUUUUGUGAAAACUUUGGAGGUUUUUGAAAAAAAUUCUACUGAACAACAAUUUGACGGAAUGGUGAAACUUCUGGCUCUUGCCAUGGAUGUAGAUUAUCUGAAACUCAAUCAAACAUUAACAGAAGUUGAUAAAAGUGAAGAAAACGAAGCCGGUGAUAAUAAUGAGUUAAUUUCUGGAGAAUCUAAUAGUUCAGAAGAAUAUAUGACCGAGGAUCAACUGAAGAAAUUAGAAACAGCACUUUCGUCACAAUUUACACAAUCACAAACUGAAAUUGCAAUGAAAUUUUUCCACGCUAUGGACAAAGACGCUUCAUCGGAAGAGAGUGAAUCUGCUAUAGUUAUUCUUUUUAUGACACCAAUUUACCGUGCUUUUAAUUUAACCAAGACAAUUUAAUGAUACUAAUACUAUCGAAGCAAUUCACAAUUGACUUAGCAAUGCACUUUUUUUUAAACAUUUGUUUUAUUAAUCAAGCAAAAUACUCUGCAAUCACGAUUUGAAUAAAUGUUAAUAUUCACAUAA